AUGGGAAAAGAUAUUAAUUCCUAUCAUCUUCUUGAUAACGACAUCUGCUUUGAUAAAAAAGAAUUUCAAUCUAGAGAAAUCAAUGAUGAAUUGGUUGUUAAAAUUUCAGAAGAAGAUAUUGCCGCAUCAGAAUCUCUUAAUAGUGAACAACAACAUGUCUAUAAUGCAAUGCUAGAAAAAGUAUUUGCAAAUCAAAAUGCUGCAUUCUUUGUAAAUGGCCCAAGUGGGACAGGGAAAACAUUCAUGUACAAGGCACUUCUCGCAACAGUACGAUCAAGAAAAUUAGUAGCACUUGCAACUGUUUCAUCAGGUGUUGUUGCAUCUAUUCUUUCGGGAGGUCGAACAGCACACUCACGUUUUAAGCUUCCACUUGAUACUAACGAAAGAAACACGUGUUGUGUCAGCAAACACAGUACCCUGGCAAACUUAUUUUAUGCAGCAAAAUUAAUAAUAUGGGAUGACACUCCAAUGACAAGAAAACAACACAUAGAAGCAUUAGAUAAAAUGACACGAGACAUCAAUGAUUCAGAUGUAACAUUCGGUGGAAAUGUUGUUUUCGGCAGAGAGUUUUUACCGGUUUUACCCUUGGUUAUUAAAGGAACACGACAAGAACAUGUUAAUUCCAGUUUGGUUUAUUCCUAUUUAUGGCCUACAUUAAUCAAGUUUCGAUUAAUUGAAAAUAUGCGAGUAAGAUUGGAUCCCAUUUUUUCAGAUUAUGUGUUAGAAAUAGGUAACGGAAUGCCACCAAACACAGUUGAUGAAACCAUAAAAAUUCUGAAUGGGAUGCUUGUUCCCUAUGAUGGUGGCAGCACUCCUUUAGAUCAUUUAAUAGAAGAUGUUUUUCACAAUAUUCAAUAA